AGUGCUCAAAGUGUGCUGGGAUCUAGUUCAGUCACCAGUCUCGAGUUCCCGUUUGUCUCUCAUGCUCCCUCUGCCACUCCUCUGUGAUCUGUCUCCUGUUCUCUCAGUCUUGCUUCAGCCUGUCCUUUUUUUCUUCCUCACCCCUGCACGUUAGUUGGCAGCAUUUACCGUUCACCGCCUUCCUCUCUUUGCGAUGUCUUCUUUUUGCAUUGCUUAACAGUCGCUUACCCUCAACAUGGAUAUCGGAGGACUCACAACCGUGGUAGCAAAUUCUGCUUACAUCAAUGCUCGUGGAAGCAUCGAUGGCUCUAAUCCAGCAGCAGCUCGGGAUAAAAAGUACCACUCUCGCCUCAAAUUGCCCCACAUCACUGUGUGCGAAGGCCUGAAGGACACCCUAGAUUUAUCCUUUGACUCGGUCUGUGUUGAACAGCCAAUUGGCAAACGUCUCUUUAGGGAAUUCUUGGACGCAAACAAAGAGUAUCAUGGGGCAUGUCGCUUGUGGAAAGACAUCGAGGACUAUGACCUGGCAGAGGACUCUGAGAGGGCAAAAAAAGCUUCGAAGUUAGUUCAGCGUUACAUGGACCCCUCUGCCAAACACUUCUGCCCGUUCCUCAGUGAGGACAUCAUAACGAAGGUGAAAGAAUCCCUCGAGGCUGUAGGUGAUGAUUUGUUUUCUGCAGCGCUGGCCAAGACUUUGGACUAUCUGCGCGAGGCCCCCUACACUUUCUUCCUGGAGAGCAUGUACCUGAAGAGGUUCCUGCAGUGGAAAUGGCUGGAGAUGCAGCCCAUGGAUGAAGACUGGUUCCUCGAUUUCCGUGUGCUGGGGAAAGGUGGGUUUGGAGAGGUGUCUGCCUGUCAGAUGAAAGCCACGGGAAAACUGUACGCCUGUAAGAAACUCAACAAGAAGAGGCUGAAGAAGAGGAAAGGCUACGAGGGGGCGAUGGUGGAGAAAUGUAUUCUAGAGAAGGUUCACAGUCGCUUCAUUGUGUCGCUGGCGUACGCCUUUCAGACAAAGGAGGAGCUUUGUCUGGUCAUGACCAUCAUGAAUGGAGGAGAUCUCAAGUACCAUAUUUACCUGGUGGAUGAAAACAACCCAGGGUUUGAUGAGCCUCGAGCCUGUUUUUACAUUGCCCAGAUCAUCCAGGGCUUGGAACACCUCCACCAGAAAAGAAUCAUCUACCGAGAUCUCAAACCAGAAAAUGUGCUGCUUGAUAAUGACGGGAAUGUACGUAUAUCUGACUUGGGUCUUGCUGUGGAACUAAAAGAAGGCAAAACCAUGACAAAAGGCUAUGCUGGGACUCCAGGUUACAUGGCACCAGAGAUGCUAAAGGGAGAAAAGUACGACUCCUCCGUUGACUACUUCACUCUUGGAGUGACUUUAUAUGAAUUCAUGGCUGCUAAGAAUCCAUUCAGAAACAGAGGAGAGAAGGUGGAACGUGAGGAGAUGAAAGAGCGUAUGCUAAAUCGGGUGGUGACCUACACUGACAGCUUCAGUGAGCAUGCAAAGUCGUUGUGUGAUGGGCUGCUGGCCAAGGAGGUGGAUCAGAGGAUGGGUUUUAAGAAUGGAUGCUGUGACGAAAUCAGAGCACAUCCAUUUUUCAGCGGCAUUAACUGGAGGAAACUGAACGCAGGAAUUCUACCUCCUCCUUUUGUCCCUGACCCCAAAGUGGUGUAUGCUAAAAGUCUGGAUGACGUCGGGGCAUUCUCCUCGGUGAAGGGGGUGACAUUGGAGGAUCCUGAUAAGAACUUUUUUGACGAGUUCGCCACGGGCAACAUCUCCAUUCCUUGGCAAGAGGAGAUGAUCGAGAUGGGAAUUUACGGAGAGCUCAACGUUUGGGGCCCUGAAGGCACCAUCCCCAACGAUCUCCGCAGGGAGUCCAUACUAGAGCAGCCAAAGUCAUCGACGUGUUGCUUAUCUUAGAGUCACUAACACGUGUGAACUGCACAGACUUUCGUUUCUUUAGAGCAUGCGGCAUGAAGACACCAUGAGAGACACCAGUCGGUUCUGAACUUUGUGAUCGCACACUGAAACAGUUUGCAGGUUUUAUGUCGACAUGGGAACAGCGAGAAGAGACUGGAGGCGGACUUCCAGCCUGAAAUGAACUUGAUCAUAGAUUUAGGUGUUGAAAAAUUCCAAAUUGUUGACAUCAUCUGUCAUCUAUUGUCCCUUCAGUCUUCUGCCCCUCAUCUCCUUUCACCAUCAACCUGCUCACUUACUUCUCUUUAUAUGUAUAUGUGAUGAAUUAUUGUAAAGCUUUUAGAUUUAAAAUGCAUUAAAACAAAAAAAAUCCCAUUUUGGA